AUGGCAGACUCUCUCUUCGCUGGACCCGAUGCGACAAAACUGUCCAUCCACCAGACUGACUCACCGAAAGAUUUGUUGCCGCCCGACCAGCUGAAAUUUGGGCGAUCUUUUACUGACCACAUUCUGUCCGCGACAUGGAAUGUAAGAGAAGGUUGGAGCACCCCGAGUAUAGAGCCCUACAAGGCUCUUACUCUCGAUCCAGCCGCAGCAGUAUUCCACUAUGCGUUCUGUUGCUUUGAAGGAAUGAAGGCAUACAAAGAUGCCAAGGGCAACGUGCGCUUAUUUCGACCUGAGAAGAAUAUUCGUCGCUUCAAUACAUCGGCAGUCCGCAUCGCAUUGCCGAGCUUUGACGAAGAAGCAGUAUUGAAAUUGCUGGCAGAAUAUACCAAAACAGAGAGUCGCUGGAUUCCAGAAGGACGGGGAUUUGCACUGUAUCUACGGCCAACACUGAUCGGUACGGAGCCGGACCUGAGUGUGUCACGUCCACAAUCAGCUUUGUUGUACGUCAUUGCCAGCCCAGUCKGUAAUUACUUUGGCAGUGGCGGCAUGAAAGCUAUCUCCUUAGAGGCGUGCUCUUCGCCAGUGCGUGCUUGGCCUGGUGGUGUGGGCGACAAUAAGGUCGGGGGGAACUAUGCACCAACAAUAGUGGCUCAAGAGACGGCUGGGUCUCGUGGAUUUCAACAGAUCCUUUGGCUUCUUGGCGACCCUGAAGUACCUGAGCAGCAGUAUAUUACCGAAGUGGGUACGAUGAAUCUGUUUGUCGCGUGGAUCAACCCUGAGACAAAACACAAGGAAUUGGUCACCGCACCUUUGGACGGCACCAUUCUGCCUGGUAUCACACGCGAUUCAAUCAUAGAUCUUGCACAAGAGCGGCUGGUUCCACAAGGUUGGCAGGUGUCUGAAAGGCGUGUGUACAUGACCGAACUCAAAGAGGCUUCCAAGCAAGGUAGAUUGCUGGAGGUGUUUGGCGCAGGCACAGCGCUCAUCGUGAACCCUAUCAAGUCCAUCUCGUGGAACGGGGAAGUCAUCGACUGUGGCUUGAAAGCUGGAGAGGAGGUUGGGGAGAUCACAAUCACCAUGAAGAACUGGAUUGAAGAUAUUCAAUACGGAGUGGUGGAGCAUCCUUGGAGAAUGGCUGCUCGACCUACGACUCGCUACGUGCUCCUCAGCACCUUUGCGCUCCUCUUCAUCAUAUACUUCAUCUUCCUCCAGCCUCGAGGUCCAGACAGUCCGGCCACACGGGCACCAGGUCACUUGACAGAUACGAAGAAUACCAUACCGUCGAACUUGGCGCUGGAUGAUGAUGUACUGAAAGGAGCUGUGGUCAUGCCAAAGCUGGCCAAUGAGACUGCCAAAGCGGAGCUAGGUCGGUCUACUUGGAAGUUCUUCCACACGAUGAUGGCACGAUACCCGAAAGAGCCGACACUGGAGGAACAAGAGGCGUUACGGUCUUUUGUAUAUUUAUUUGCACGACUUUAUCCUUGCGGUGAAUGUGCAUCGCAUUUUCAGGGACAUCUCAAAAAAUAUCCGCCGCAGGUCUCGUCGCGCGACGCAGCAUCGGGAUGGGGUUGCUUUAUCCACAACGAAGUGAAUCACAUGCUCAAGAAACCCGAGUACGACUGCAACAAGCUGGAUGAAUAUGAUUGUGGAUGCGGGGGCGAGGACGAGAGUGGAGAGAAGGAAUUGGCAAAGAUAGUCAAGAACGAUGUACAAGAGCCGGAUCAGGAUCAUGCCGUUAAUCCUGCCGUUGAGAUCACCAAGGAACCACUCACUCGAGGAGGUUAG